AUGGUGCACAAAGAAGAGGCUGAAGAGCUACCCGAAGAGAUUAUACUUAACAUCUUCUCUAGAUUGCCCGUGAAGUCCUUAAUCCGAUUCACCUGCGUUUCGAAACGUCUGCGUUCCAUUAUACUUUUAGAUCCCAAAUUUGCUGAAUCACAAAUCAAAGCAGCUCGUCGGCAGAAAACCCUAAACCGCAUACUCCUCUCCAACGCCCCUAAACCCCUACGCGUACCCUCGGAUAGGCCGCCGUCUGAAGAGCCUUCCUCUGUCAAAAAGCCACCACAUGUCAAUCUACUGGGCUCCUGUAAUGGUCUGGUAUUUGUAGCUGUUGGUGAGAAGUUGUUUUAUAUCUACAACCCAUCAACCGGACUCUUGAAGCAGUUACCUGAUCGAAGCUUUUCCUCACAUCAAAACUACUACGUCUACGGUGUGGGAUAUUUAUCGGCCACGGAUGACUACAAAGUUUUGGUAGCCUCGACUCACAUCCACAAACACGAGAUCUUUAUGUUCUCAUUGAGAACUCACGUUUGGGAGAGGAUUGAAUCCCAUAGUUCCAAUAUUGUUCCAGAUGUUACAGACGUCUUUGAUCAGCAGGGGACUCUUUUUAGUGAGGUACUUCAUUGGCUAAUAAAUGAUGACUUCCUCAUUAACUAUGAACUAGUUUGUUUUGACUUGGCAAAGGAGGUGUUCCGAAGGAUGGAACUGCCUUUUGGUAUUUUAACCAAUAAUAGUACCAAGAUUGGGGCCGGGUUUGUGGAGGGUGCCUGUGUGUAUCAGAUUUUUGUUCUAACUCUGUUCAUUUGUGGAUCAUGA